UACAGUUACCCAAAAAAAUACACCAAAUUCACGCACCAACAGAUGUUUAAUGAAAUUUUUUUGAAGGAAAAAAAUGGUGCCACAUAUGUCGAAUUCAUUGUAUUCUCGGUUGACAAUGCCGGCAGAAGGUAGGUGGAUUAGGCUCUUUGGUUUCAUACGUCAGCGGGAGCAGAAAUUCAAAAUUGUCAGAGUCGAGGACAUGACGCGAGAUUUAGCAAUUAAAGAAUGGCUUUAAAUAUUUAUAUUAAUUGCCCCUUAGUCUUCCCUGCUGCACCUGCAAUGUUACAUUCAUGAUUCAUUAAACACUAAACUUAAAUUCGCACAAGUCACAACACACCGUUUGACUCUCUGAAACUAUCAAGACUUUGGGAGCCAUGGACUUUUCAGAGCUACGAGAAGCCAUAGAGAAGGUUCAGCUAGUGGACGGCCAUGCUCACAGUCUUGUGGCCCUCGACUCCGCCUUUCCUUUCAUCAAUUCCUUCUCUGAAGCGCAGGGUGACGCCUUGUCUGAUGCUCCUCACUCCCUCUCCUUCAAGAGGAAUUUGAGGAAUAUUGCUGAACUGUAUGGCUGUGAAUCAACUUUGCAAGCUGUUGAAGAAUAUCGCAGAUCCUCAGGGUUAGAAUUCAUUAGCUCAGUAUGCUUCAAAACUGCAAAUAUCUCAGCUGUACUCAUUGACGAUGGAUUAAAGUUGGACAAGAAGCAUGACCUCGAGUGGCAUAAACGUUAUGUUCCAUUUGUUGGUAGAGUAUUACGCAUUGAACACCUGGCAGAGGAGAUUCUAGAUCAAGAGAUGCCAGAGGGAUGUACUUGGAGAUUGGAUAUGUUCACUGAAAUUUUUUUGGAGAACUUGAGGUCAGUUGGUGAUAAAGUUUUUGGCUUGAAAAGCAUAGCUGCAUAUCGUAGUGGUUUAGAAAUUAAUACUCAAGUGACUAAAGAAGAUGCCGAGGAAGGUCUUAGUGAAGUUUUAUGUGCUGGAAAGCCAGUCCGCAUCACAAAUAAAAGCCUUAUUGACUACUUAUUCAUAUGUAGUUUGGAGGUUGCUGUAUGCUAUGACUUGCCAUUGCAAAUACACACAGGCUUUGGAGACAAAGAUUUGGAUUUACGGCUGUCCAAUCCCCUUCAUCUCCGAAAAGUUCUCGAGGACAAGAGGUUUUCUGAAUGCCGUAUAGUGCUGUUACAUGCAUCAUACCCAUUUUCAAAGGAAGCCUCAUAUCUAGCAUCUGUCUAUAAACAGGUGUACCUUGACUUUGGGUUGGCUGUUCCUAAGCUAAGUGUUCAUGGGAUGAUCUCCUCAAUCAAAGGACUUUUAGAGCUGGCCCCAUUAAAGAAGGUCAUGUUCAGCACUGAUGGCUAUGCAUCUCCUGAAACUUACUAUUUAGGUGCAAAAAAAGCACGUGAAGUUGUCUUCUCUGUCCUACGCGAUGCAUGCAUUGACAGUGAUCUCUCUGUUGCUGAAGCUAUUGAAGCAGCUGAAGAUAUUUUCGCUCAAAAUGCGAUUCAUUUUUACAAAAUUAUGUUAGGUGUAAAGUCUAAUGAUUCAAAGCUCAAUGUGCAGCCCAACAAUGUGAAGAAGGAGAUUGUUGUCUCUGAAAAUGAUGUUUCACUUGUUCGCGUUAUCUGGGUUGAUGCUUCUGGACAACACAGAUGUCGUGUUGUUCCAGUGAAGCGCUUCAAUGAUGUUGUUAAAAAGAAUGGUGUUGGUUUGACGUUUGCAUGUAUGGGAAUGAGUUCAGCUGUUGAUGGUCCAGCUGAUGAGACUAAUCUGACAGGAACGGGUGAGAUCAGAUUGAUGCCUGAUUUAUCAACUAGAUGUAGAAUUCCAUGGAAAAGCCAAGAGGAGAUGGUUUUGGUUGACAUGCAUCUUAAACCUGGUGAACCUUGGGAAUAUUGCCCUAGAGAGGCCUUACGGAGGGUUUCAAAAGUUCUGAAAGAAGAAUUUAACUUGGUGAUGAAUGCUGGGUUUGAAAAUGAGUUUUAUCUGUUGAAGAGUGUACUGAGGGAAGGGAAAGAAGAAUGGGUACCAAUUGACUCAACACCGUACUGCUCUUCGUCAGGAUAUGAUGCCGUUUCUCCUAUAUUUCAUGAUGUUGUGGCUGAUCUUCACUCCUUAAAUAUUGCAGUAGAGCAGUUACAUUCAGAAGCUGGGAAAGGUCAGUUUGAAGUGGCUCUGGGGUAUACUGUUUGUAUGAAAGCUGCCGACAAUUUGAUCUUCACCCGUGAAGUUGUGAGGGCUGUUGCAAGGAAACAUGGGCUGUUGGCAACAUUUGUACCAAAGUAUGCUUUAGAUGACAUCGGUUCUGGAUCCCAUGUCCAUUUGAGUUUGUGGCAGAAUGGAGAAAAUGUUUUUAUGGCAUCUGGUGGAGCCUCUAGCCAUGGAAUGUCUAGUAUUGGCGAGGAGUUCAUGGCAGGCGUUUUGCAUCAUCUUCCUUCAGUUUUGGCAUUUACGGCUCCAGUUCCAAAUAGCUAUGAUCGAAUACAACCCAAUACAUGGAGUGGAGCAUACCAGUGCUGGGGAAAAGAAAAUAGGGAAGCUCCAUUAAGAACUGCAUGCCCGCCUGGAAUCCAGGAUGGUCUGGUGAGCAACUUUGAAAUAAAAUGUUUUGAUGGAUGUGCCAAUCCACACCUGGGCUUGGCUGCUAUAAUUGCUAGUGGCAUUGAUGGCCUCCGUAGGCAUCUUCGUCUUCCUGAACCUAUAGAUGCAAACCCUGCCAGUCUUGAUGGAAAACUACAAAGACUGCCUAAAUCACUCUCUGAAUCUUUAGAAGCUCUUGAGAAAGAUGAUUUCUUGCACGAUUUAAUUGGUGAAAGGCUUUUGGUUGCCAUAAAAGGAGUUCGCAAGGCUGAAAUCAACUACUACUCAAAAGAUAAGGAAGCAUACAAGCAACUUAUCCAUCGCUACUAAGCUUAUUUUCUUGUUGGUGAGAAUAAGGGCUCUGGGAGUCCUUUCUCUUGAUUGAAUCCUCUUUAGCUUUAUAGGUCACACAGGAAAUAAAAAUAGUUCAAAAUUAUGCUAGGCUGAUCUUAUUUGAUAACUUCAAUGCCAUUGUUAGGCCUUCACAUAAUUUCUUCAUUAGUAUGUAGUGUUCUGUAUUUGUGUUUUAUAUUUAUAAUUGACAAGAAGAAAUAUUAUGACCACCAAAGUUU